AUGCUCUCUCGUGACGGUCCUUCCACAGACCCUCUGCUCGAGUCCGAGCGGGACACUCCAAAUGCCAAUGUAUCACACAAAGAGCAAAGCAGCUGGCUGUGGUCUCAAUUCCAAGGCAUUAUCUCUCUUCCAACCCACGCAGGCCUGAGCGCCAGCAGUGGUCCUGUUCUGGUGCUGCUGCCACUGGCGGCGCUGGCUAGGUUGCUUCAUUGGAAUGCCGCCAUUAUUCUGGUCGUGAACCUGGUCGCCAUUAUUUUUCUGUCUGAGUCGAUCUCCGCGGCCUUUGAUGAGCUCUCGGAGUAUCUGGGAGAAUUGCAGGGUGCGCUUCUCAGCGCGACUCUCGGCAAUACAGUCGAGUUGACGAUCUUUGGCUGUUGUCUGGUGACAGCAUCCUACAACAAGGAUGUCCUGGAAUUCAACAGCGCGCUGGCCAAGACACUAUCCUCGUUGAUGAUGAUCUCGGCCGUGACGAUUCUCCUGCCGACAGCAUUGUACUCAACCUUUUCGCAGUCAGAGAUUGACGACAAAGUACUUUCCUUUUCGCGCGGCACAUCCUUUGUCUUAUUCGCGCUGUAUGCCGGCUACCUCUAUUUUUACCUAGGAAGCCACAAGCAUCUCUUCGAACCCGAGCCCGAGGAAAGUGACCACUCCGCCAGCGAAGAUGAAGACAGUCCAAAGUCAACAACAUCAAAAACCAGCGCUGGUGGCACGCCCGGCAUGCUCACAGCCAUCGCGCGACUCGCAACAGCCGUCGCAGCCACAGCCCUCUGCACGGAGCUGCUGUUUGAAAGCAUCGACGCCAUGGUCGACACGCUGGGGAUCACCAAGGUGUUUAUUGCCGUGAUUCUCAUCCCGAUUGCAAGCAACAGUACCGAAGGUAUUGCUGUCAUUGCCGCAGCCCGCAGCAGCGACACCGACUCCGCGAUCCGAGUUAUUAUCGACAGUCUUUUGCAGAUUGGUCUUUUUGUGAUCCCGUUUCUGGUGAUUAUGGGCUGGUGCAUUGAGCAGCCCAUGACGUUGUUUUUUGAUUCGUUCCAAACAGUGCUGCUGUUUUUGGCGGUGCUUGUUGUGAAUCAUCUUUUGAGGGAUGGGCAGUAUGCUUAUAUCCAUGGGGCGAUGUUGAUCAGCUUGUAA